AUGGACACGAAAGAGUUUGAUAGCAUUCGGUAUGAUGAGCUGAUGAAUGUGGGUAAUGAUGAUGAUGGUAGUGGUCGUAUCUCCCGUCAACGUCUCACCGACCCAAGCACUCUCUCGCCAUCAACCCACACUGUCAAAGACACCGCACCAUAUCCCAUCCACAUCACAUUCUGGAACCGUCUCCAAUCUCCAACACUAUCUCACCCAGCUGCCCACACGAUCCAGCCCGUUGCCUCUUGCCCCAUCAACGUCACUCUCCAUAACUGA